CCUUCCCACCCUGUUUCCCCAUUGCCCCCUCAUAUCAACUUGAAACCAACCUCCCCAUUUCCCCUUUCCCAUCCUUCAAUAUAAUCCAACUUGAAAAAGGGUUCCUUUCAUCACUGUUUUGCCAACUUUCAUAUAUAUAUAUAUAAUGGAAGGUGAUCAAGGUGGAGUUAUGAUGAUUAAAAGGGCCGAGAUAGAUACUAGGGCACCAUUCAGGUCGGUUAAAGAAGCUGUUGCCUUGUUCGGUGAGAAAGUUUUGGCCGGUGAAGUUUAUGCCACCAAGCUCAAGGAGAUGCGUGGUGAAGCAAGUGGAAAUGUUAAUUCCAAGCUCGGAACCGUGGCAGCCGAGCUUGAGGAAACGAAAAAUAACCUCGAAAGGGCUCGGGAAGAGAGUACAGCAAUGGCGAAUCAUCUCACUUCUCUCAAAGAAGAGCUCGAAAGAACGAAGCGAGAACUACAAAAGAUGAAGGAUCGAGAAACCGAGAAACUAAUGAUGGAGUUUGAGAUCGAAGACGUCAAGAUUGUACCGGACUCGACUAAAUUCGAAGUCGAGAAAACACGGAUGUCGAACGAGCGAGGACCGGAGCUUCAAAAGAAACGAUACGUGACGUUCGCGAAUCCGCCGUCCUUGGCUCAAGUUAUGGUCCCACAAGGUGUGGAGAAAUUAGAGAGACACCCUUCGUUAAGAAAAAAGAAGAAACCAUUGAUUCCAUUGAUUGGAGGGAUAUUUUCCAGGAAAAAAGGAAACCCAGAAAUUGCAUCAAGUCCUUGAAAUGGCUUCAUAAUUUCAACAAUUAUAGUACUUUCAGUUGCAAGUUCCAACAAUAAUUAUCAACUGAAUCUUUUUCCUUUUUCCCUUUUUGUGAAGUUCUAUAUUCCUUUUUUAUGUACACUUCUAAGUUGUAUCAGGGUAAGCUAUAAUCAGGAUGUGGAUGUUUUAUAAGAGAGUUAUGUAAUAAAGUUUAUAGUAUUAUUUUA